UCUGGGUCCAUUAGGAUGUCGUCACCCACCUCUCCCACCUGACUGCCGGCAACUACCGCAGUCUAAAAUCUCCCACCGAUUCCAUUUUCCUUUCCCUUUUUUCUUCCCAACUUUCUCUGAAAUGGCUAGAACUAAGCAAACCGCUCGUAAGUCCACUGGUGGAAAGGCUCCCCGUAAGCAACUUGCCACCAAAGCCGCUCGCAAGUCUGCACCCACUACAGGUGGUGUUAAGAAGCCCCAUCGUUAUAAGCCCGGUACUGUCGCUCUUCGUGAAAUUCGUAGAUAUCAGAAAUCCACGGAGCUUUUGAUCAGAAAGUUGCCUUUCCAACGUCUUGUCCGUGAAAUUGCACAGGACUUCAAGACCGAUUUGCGUUUCCAAUCUUCUGCUAUUGGUGCCCUUCAGGAAGCCGCUGAAGCUUACCUUGUUGCCUUGUUCGAAGACACUAACUUGGCCGCCAUCCACGCUAAGCGUGUCACCAUCCAGCCCAAGGAUAUUCAACUUGCUCGCCGUCUUCGUGGUGAACGCUCUUAAAGAGUGAUAACCUGUAACAGAAUUACACGCAAUUAAAAAAUAGCAAAAUUCUAUAUUGAAUGCUUUCAAUUACAAAUUAUAUUUGUAUUUCUUUUACUCCCCCCCCCUUCAGUGCUUGUCUGUAUCUCCUCCAAACAUGAUUCCGUAGUGUCAAUAUAUUA